AUGAAAGAAAAAGAUAACUUGGAAAGUGUCACCCAACUAAAAUAUCAGCAUUACUCGCCCCAAAAGCCCAAGCCUCAGAAGCUGCUCCUUACUCCUAUUGUCAAAGGCCUUCCACCUCUGGAGACCACUGAGGAACAUGUAGCUAAUGUGAAGCCCCCAGUGAAGUGGUACCAGGACAGUAACCAUGUGGUCCUGAAGAUUCUGGUCAGAGGGGUGGAACAGAAAGUAGUCAACUUUGGGGACAGGACUGUGAGAUUCAGUGCGACAGUUCUGGACACGUUUUAUCACUUUGACCUGGAGCUCUACGAGAACAUAGUGCAGUCCAAGUGUCUGGUUGAUGUACGAGGAGGGGAGGUGUUGAUCCGACUACACAAGGCUACGACUGGACGGUGGCCAAGGCUGCAGAAGCAUAAGUCUAAACCUGCAUACAUAUCUCUGGACUUUGAGAACUAUGCUGGCAGUUCCUCUGAAGCAGAAAUGGCCGAUUCUGAAGAUGAAUCCCCAUUUAUUCCAAGGAGAAAGGCCAAGGACCCAUUCCGUGAGAGUUCCGACCCUCCAGUACCCCACCUGGUGGACGGUGUGCCCCCUGACCUUGAACCCUGGUCAUCAGAGUCGACCAAUGAAGAGGACGAGGAGGAGGAAGAGUCUCAGAGAGACAGACCACAACGUCACCCAGAGUACUUUGAUUUAUAAGAUGGCCUGCCAUUUUGUUACAGAUUUGAAUGGUUCUUUUUGGUCUAAACCAAAUCCAUUAUUAAAGCAUGAUGUCCUAGAUGCGUUUACCAAAGCAACAAA